GGAGAAAUGUGAUGUAGACAUAGCACCUUGUAUUGAACAUGGGCGAUCAAAGCCAGUCAUCAAGGCCUGUGAUGGAGUUGCACCUCAGAUUUCCAAGAAGGAAACCUUGUUGACCAAACUGACUUUCUUGUCUGGAACUACAGAUAGAGAAUGUGCAGAAACCCCUGGUGAAACCAUUCAUGGCUCUCUUGGGCCAAGUUUAUCAACUGGGGCCAAUCAAAGUUCAUCCAUCACAUCAAGCAGAAGUUCUGAUCUAUAUACAUGCCCAGAUGGCAUGACACCCGCAUCAUCUGGCAGAGACACUCAGGCACCUGAAGUUCACUUUCAGGCCGAGGAAAAUGUUCAGCUGGAAAUUUCAAGUGUUAACAGAUCAAAACUCUCUUUACAAACUUACAAUAGUGAGACAGGUGCUCCUAAUAGGUGUUUGGCAGUGAUUAAAGAAGAGUCCAUUGGAGGUUUACAACCAAAGAGGUGUUCUCCAAGUCAUUGUGUGGAAGAGAUGUGUCCCCUAGUAAAUGUCACAGAGUCAACUGAUAUUUCUUACAAGCAUUCAGGAGAAUGUAUUUAUUCGAAGAGCACUGGAGGGACUGAUAGGUUUCAAUCAUUUGAAUGUAUACCAAGGAAUGAACCAAAGUCUAGCCUUAAGGAAAUUGCCAAGCUGACCACAACAGUUGUAUCAACCAGUAACCAUUCUCCUGUUAGUGGGGAGUGUGCAGAAGAGCACCACCUUGUUUGUCAGGAACUACAGUCCCCCAAAACAAGGAAACCACACCAGAUGAAGCCCAGUGAUGUGCAGAAACCCAAUUCUCAUGAAGGGAUCACAAUCCCUGUGAAAGUGAGUUCUACAAGAAAAUGUGAUGAACAAACAUGCAGCAAUACCCAUACGUCAAGGCAACACCCUGACAUGUCAAUGGAAAAAACUUUUGGAGAGAAACCAAACAACGUGCAUGUUUCAGAUAUAGUGUCUACAUCCAGUUAUAGUGGUAAAUGUGUGGCAAGCCAUAUCAGAAAUACACAGGCUGAGGGAUGUAGAAAUCUAAAUAAAACUGAAAUAACCAUUCCUGCCAAAUCUUUGUCUGGAAGGCCAGCAAAAAAUUCAAUGGCAAGACAUAAUUUUUUGUUCAAAUUUUGGAAAAAGUUAUCAAAUGAAAAGGAAACAAUUGUAGAUAAAUCUAUAUCGAAUAAAUGGUCAGACAAACCAAACAGUGGGUCACUGAAACAACAGAAUCCCAGCAUAAGUUCAACACUUUCUAAAGUAAAGCCAGUUGUGAAAUUUAAAAGGACAUUUCAGACUGUAAAACCUGAAAUAGUAACAGAUAAUGACAGUAAUAGUAAAGAGGGUUUGUCAAAGCCUUUCAGAACUGUUGAAAUACGACCUGGAAGCUUCUUACCCCCCAAAAUACAGUUUUCACAGUUUGAUACAAAAAGUAAUUUGGUGAGUGAAAAGGAACCCAGUAUAUAUCAGAAUUAUGAUCAGGUGAGUCUGCCAGACUGUUUAUCUGUGGAUACAAACUCUGAAGCACAAGACCAAAAUAAGAAGAGAAAGUCAUCUCUGAGUGCAGAAACUCAUCAGAUUCAGCCAGAUUGUCUUCUGCAAAGUGACUUAAACUGGUGUCCUGGAUAUAAAAAACAAAGAAGUUCUGGGGAGGAGAGUUCGGUCCCAGGGCUUAAGCAGACCUUUUUUUCUGAUUCUGCUGAAGAUCUAGCCAUGGACUCUUGUUCUGAUUAUAUCCCAAACAGGAGCAGACAUAGUCAUCUUUUAUCAAACUGUGAUUCUUGGCAUUCAGUUGGUGACACCUGUGGGAGUCUAUCAACACUUCCACAGGAUGAUGGGGUGGUGGUUCAUGGGAAGGAUCUCCUCAACAACAAACCUUUGAGCAAAAGUGAACCCGAUGUGAAAAAUUCUGGAAGUGAGGAAGAUUCUGCCCCCAUGCUAGAAAACAGGGGUAGCGAACUGUAUGACCCAUUUGACCUUGAUGAUCGGUCUUUGUCCCCAUCUCCACCUGGUUGUUCUGCAGAUCCUGAUUCAAAUAUGACUUCUUGUAAAACACCAUGGAUACCAACUCCAAAAUCUGUCACUGAAGUCAAGGAAGAAAUUGCUCCAAAGCUAGAUUUUUUAUUUACUGCAGGUCUGAAUUACAAUUCUACCAAACUUCUAAAUUACCAAGGUUCACCACAGACAAAAUCCGAUUCUGUGUAUGAGGAUGCUAGAACAUUAAAAGAGAAUAACAGAGACUCAGUGGAUUUAGGCCAAAUUUCAUCUCUACUACAUAAGGACCCUAAUGAUGAAAAGCACAGGAUGGUAAGAGAAAUUAAUGUGUUUAAUUACAGACCAGGCAAUAUGCACACAGCACCGUACUGUGCCACUAGGGUGGCAGACCCCGUUCUUUCGCAGGAGGAGAAAAAAAACAGAGAAAGCAAAGGUUCUCACGUUAAGAGUAAAAGGACUUCAAGGUGGGGAAAACCUUUGUUUGAAGACCCAGUUCCGUUGAAUCUGAAGGAAGGGACUAAGAAAAAACCCUCUACAUUGUGUGUGAAAAGGCUUAAGAAGGUAGAUCCUGUAGGUAAAAGCACUGACACCAGUUGGUCAGUUAGCACAAGAGCCAGCGAGGAGACCUGUUGCACUGCAAUCUCAAUCAAAACUCACCCAGAAUCAGUUAUGCUGUCAAACAAAGAUGUUGUGUUAACACACGGGGAUAUGACCAACCUUUAUUUGGAUGAAGUGAAAGCCAGUUCAAGAGAGAUGAAGGCCACGGCUACAGUGGAAGUAUUGUGUGACAGAUAUUCUUCAGUCUCCUCACAGAAGUUUCCUUCCAGUGAUUAUGAUAGGAGAGCAGUCCUUAGUAAUCCGGUGACUCUGAACAGUUUGAGCGGGAAGAGAACUGUUUCGUCAACUAAAGUGGUACAGCUGAGGGGGAAAGUCUUCAAAACGCCCACAAGGACAGCCUGUCUGUUACCAGCCAGUGUGUCAUCCUCAUCUGGAAUCUUGCCUGCUGCUGGUGGUAUUUUGAUACCUGACGACUCGGUGUACCUAGAGUCCAGUCCAGAUAAUCUAGAGCGAAUUUUAAAUCACCUGAAGAAACAACAAGAAAGAGGCUGUGAUUUGACAGUGAAAGUUCACUCCCAGCAGAUCUGUAAGCUUGCCACAAAAAGGCGGAUUUUUAAAGAGGGAAGUUCUGCCAAUGCCCAGGCAAGUGGUGUGCUUAGAUUAUUGACUCAGUUCAUCAAAGAAGGUGUGGUAGAUCUUCUCCAGCAACAUAGCUGUGAUUCUUCACAAUUCCUGUCAGCAGAGGAGUCGGUGGCAUGUGCCUGUGACCUGCACAAGAAGCACUGCUCUGUGGACCAGGCAACAGUGCUACUGUCCAAGUCAGGGGAUGAUAAGCUUCAGCAAAUGGGUCAUGAGUACGGGCUUCGGACAGCUACUAUUGGUGAACUCUUGGGUAUUUGUGGAGAUUGAAGAAGACAUUUUUCCAAAGGGUGUGGGUGUGCAUAAGUGCAUUGUUUACCCGAGGCUUCUCUCUGAAUUAGGGCUGUCGUGACAGGCCUAUCUGCAUGCACGUUAGAGAGAGAACUUGAAUAUGGAAUAUGGGUAUGUGGUGUAUUUUGUUCUGGCAGUAGGAAUGAAAGAGUCUAGUAUGUGAGAUUAUUUUUAGUAAAGUAGUUGACACCGGUUACUAGAUUACUUAAGACCAGUGAUGUAACACAUGGUCUCAUUCAUCACAGUGAAUUUUUAUAGCUUUGUAUGGUCCAUAUCAAAAAGAUUUUUUUCUUUAGAUUUUGUGAAUCUGCCAUAAUACCAAUACAUACAUGUGUCAUUUGUAAUAAUUCACAGUCACUACUGAUGUUACACUUGCUGAUAAAAGCUUAAAAUAGGGGCCUCCUUGGCUGAGGGGCUUAGCUAGCCAGCCUGGAACAAUGACCCAGGAGUCUCCCACCAAUGCAGUCGCUGUGAGUUCCAGUCCAGCUCAUGCUGGCUUCCUCUCCAACCUUAUGUGGGAAGGUGUGCGGAUGGUUGUUGGUUUCGCAGUACCACAUAAACACCAAUCAAAUAAAUAAAUAAAAUCUUAAAACAACUACAACUCUAAGAAACCAAAUAAUACUUUUUGAUUGAGUGUUUUACAUGUGGGAUUUUGUGGUUUUUUUUGGCUUUAAUGAUGUUGGUAUGUUAUGCAGUACCUGAAAGCAACUUUAGAAGGAUCUGAGGAUGGUUUGGUGAAUGUUCUUGUUAUAAUUUUGGUUAACUUUAUAAAAGAUACAAUGAAUUUGCCAAGCCUUCUUGGUAAUCAUGAAUGAUGAGAUUCCUGAAAAUAGUGCAGGAAUUUUUGAAGUUAUUUUGAUAUCAACAAAGUCUGUAUGUCACCUUACUUUCUCGACCCAAGCAACAAAGCCAGUAGUAAAUGUGGGAUGUCUCCGUGAGCUUGAACACGUGUCCAAAGUUGUCUGAUUGUAAUAAGUGAAUUAGAGUAUUAUUGUCCUCCAUUAAAGUGAACAUAAAGUCUGCCACUAUAUAUUCUUAGAAAAAGUGAUAUUGGGCACAGUUGUCACAGAAAAAUAAGUGUAUCCUAUGAAGUUUUGAAAUCCGAGUUCAGCACUGCGGAUAUGGCACUGACGGACAAUCCACUCUGAGUAGCCAUUUUGUAUAUGUCCUUGUGAACUUGGCCAAUCACCAGCGCUGAAAGCGUCAUGUGAUAAUUGGCUAUCACAUCAAGAAAUCUAUUAGCUGUUGAUUGUCAGUGUGGUUUCUUAAAUUGGGUAAACAGAUAUCAAUGCAGUAAACUGCGUUUUGCUGUUAGUUCAAGUGUUAAACUGAUGUAUUUUGAACCACACAUUGCUGAGCAGUUAACUGAGAACGGCUGUCCCUGUCACAAUGUGUACAUGUUGGGCAGGAUACUGCAGUAACAUGUCAGGGUGAGCUGACAAGAAAACUGCCUCGGGUGAGUCAUAGCUUGAAAAAUAUGGUGAAAAUAGUUGCAUUAUUUUCCCGUAUCAAAGGCAGAUUUAUUACGAAAAAUAAAUAUGAAUGAAAGAGACUGUUUUCAAUCAGAAGUUCCUACUAUGUUCGCUCUAUACCCAAAAUUCGGUACAGUCAGCUAGGCCAAAUGCCUCCCCCAUGCAGGACAGGGGCAAGCAGAGCGACUAAAACACAACGCAUGUGUCCACAAAAAUGGCUCUGACCGAAUGCCAAAUUAAAACAAAAUUGGCCCUUUGAACACGGAACAGAGCUGACACUCAUUGGUUGAGUAUCAAGCGCUUUUGGUAUUUUCUCAUUGUCACAUUGUUGAAAACUGAUGGUACGGGAGAGCUCCAAGGUUCUGUGACGUCAGUGUAGAUAGCUAUAACAUGGCAAAAUGGCGUCACCAAAUGGGUGGCUAGGUACUGAUGAUUGUUUGCUAUUUAUUUUGUUGAUAAGCUGUGUAGAAUUUUAAAAAUAUUUUUACAACAUUUCUGGAAUACUACUUUAUUAAUUUAUUCAUCUUUAGUGACUGAAUUUAUAUUUUCUUUAAACCUCCUAACUUCACGUAAAUAAUUCUAGUUUUCAAAUGUUAAGCUGUGGGUGGAUCACUUUUUCCCAAAACUAGCCAUGAUAUUGGAUUGUUACAUGUAAAAGUUCGGCUAAGAAAGCUUUGUCAUAUGUUUUACUUUUUGCGUUAUCACUUUGUGCUAAACCAUGGAAAUUCUGUAUCUGUUUCUCCUGUAUACGAAAUCAAUGUGUAGAUGGCCAUUGCAGUGUGAGAGUUUUUCCUGGAUUUCUUCUAUUAUGAUCAGCAGCCGUGUUCAUUUUAUACCAUUGUCUUUCUGCGGUCACAUUACAGCCAAAUGGAGUGAGUAAUUCCAUAUGUAAAUUCUUGCUGGAGCUUAAGUGUAAUAUUUUGACGCCUAGCAUGCCUUCAAAGAUGCACAUGUUGUAAUUGUAUUGUUGUCUGGGCACAUGAGAACCCCUUUGUUGUUCCAUUGGUUUAGUACUGACUUAUGUAAAAUGUCACGAUUAUUACAACCUUGAAAUUCUUUAUGUUAAUUUGCUUUUUGAACUUCUUCACAAUUGAAUAUUAAUCGUUUCUUGUUUAGGCAACCUUUUGUUUUAAAUAACCAUAUUUAUUAUGGUUUAUCUUUAUUUCAUAUGUAGGAUGAAAUACCCAAAUACUGAAGAUUUCCACUAAAAGCCCCCUUUCCCCCUCCUUUCCAGACAAACACACGCAUAUGUAGCAAAGGUGUAAGGGGGGACAUCAUUACACAAUUAUACUAACGGGAUCAGUGAUAUGCAAUCAAGAUUUUAAUCUUCUUUCUUCAUAGCGCCAUUCUGUAUGUUUCCAAAUGAACUGCCAUGCAUUCCUUUUCCCUCUGUGUCUAAAAAUAAGUAACUUAACUAUCCACCCUAUGAGCAGGGGACAAGUUGUAUUCAAGUACAUUUUGUGAACAAAGUGGGGACACACACUCUUGUCUUGGCAGUUUGUGAUCAAAGUGGGAACACACACUCCUGCCCUGGCACCUUGUGAACUAAGUGUGGACACACACUUUUGUUUUACCAGUUUGAGAACUGAGUGGGGACCCUCUGCUGUCUUGGCAGUUUGUGAUCAAAGUGGGAACACACACUCCUGUCCUGGCACCUUGUGAACUAAGUGGGGACACACACUUUUGUUUUACCAGUUUGAGAACUGAGUGGGGACCCACUGCUGUCUUGAAAGUUUGUGAACUAAGUGAGUACGCUCACCUGUCUAGACAGUUUGUGAACUAAGUGAGCAUACACACCUGUCAUGGCGGUUUGUGAACUAACUGGGGACACACUGCUGUCUUUGUAGUUUGUGUACUAAGUGUGCACACACUCCAAUCUUGGCAGUUUGUAAACUAAUUGGGGACACAUCAGUUGUGACACACUCAUCCAUUUAAAUUUUAUGAACUCGGCGGGGACACAUUCCAUCCAAUAUUUUAUUAACCAAGAUAUGACACAUUCCUGUCAGUGUUUUAAUAAUUAAGUGUGGAAUCAACUGCCCUUGUGAAAAGUUAAGCUUGUCACAAGCUAUCCACAAACUACCCCUGCCAGCUAAAGUGUUAGCUGCCCACAAACUGCCCUUAAGCAUCAUUUGAUACGUAGCUAGCUAACUCUUCUAGCUGAUUUAGAUCCAUGGUAGCUGACACUAUCGUAACUCCCCGUGUUAACUUGCGCUAGCUCUCCUGGCUAUAUUGGACUAGCUACCCAUACUAUGUCGUGCUAGUUUCCCUGACAAGCUUGGGCUUUUUUCCACAAUCUUAAUUAAAUCACGAAAUGUGGGCUAGCUUGCCAGGAGCACCUUGUAAGCUCCCAUUUGAAACAUGCAUAAAAUAUUUCAUGAACUUUCACAAGUCUUUUGACAACCAUAUUGCAUCUUUUUAUGGAAUGUUCCAGUUGAUAUAAAAUUUAUGGAAAAGAUACCAGUUAACAUGGUUAAAUGGACAUUAAAAGCAUCCAGCCAAUAUACCUGGUAAAUGUCCCAGUGAAUACUGCCUGAGAAAACGAUCUGUUAAUUAUUAAUGAAAUCUGAAUGAGGUCUUUAUUCACAUGUUAAAAAAUGGACAUAAUGCACACCGGGAUCACCAAAAAGAUAGUGCUCCCUUUGAUAUUUACCAAGACUGGUGAACCUGAUUGGAGUCGUUAUCAUUAGCGAUGCAUCGAUACGUAUAGUUUCUAUACCAUCCGAUCGUGAUGGAGAAGUGGUGCAGUUAUGACAAUUACAAAUGCAAUGCACUUAUAUGUCACGUUCUUUUAUACAGAGAAAUUAUCCAGUAUAGGCUCAGGGGACAAUUAAAGAAUUACAGGGUACCUAUUUUAUGUAUGAUAAAGUAUCAAUUAAUUGAAAAAUAUACAAGAUUACUUUGACAGUGAAGGUGAAAAUAGGGACUCACACUUUAAUACAGUAUAGCACUAGUAAAUGUUCAGCUAGGCCAUGCAGACAGUUUCCAACCUCACUCCUCUUGAUAUACAUGUAAUCCAGGCUUGAUUUACUUUGUGAACACAGAGGCUUCACUGUUCAACUACAUGUAGACACUCUUUGUAACACAAUGUCAUUACUGCAAAACAAGCAGUACAUUGCCACUGAUGGUAAGGUACAGAAAAGAAAGUUCAACUUUCUGUACAUCUUCCUGCUCCUUCUGGCCAUCUGACAGGCUUAUUACGUGGACAAUUUCUAUACACCCCAUGUUAAAAUUGGGUGUCCAGUGUCCUGUCUUAAUGUUUUCCACAUGUGCUUUAUUAGUACCUAGGAGAGUGACUUACUUGAGGGGCAGUGGCUGCCUCAGCUUGAACACCCAGAAAGACUUUGAGUGAAGAGCUUGUGCUAGGCCGUACAGAAAUUUAAGCUUGUGCGCCACAAGCUAUCCUUAAGCUAUCCAAACUUCAAACUUUAAAUGAGCUUGUUGAUAUUCCCUGCUAGCUUACUGAAGUUUCCCGCUUGUUAGCACAAACUUCCCACUACCUAGCACAAGCUUCCCACUGCCUAGCCUAAAGUCUCUGCAGCUAGCACAAGUUUCCCACAAGCUAGCACAAGCUCUGCAGUUAACCUGUGCAAGCUCCCCAGUUUUGCCAGUAGUUAGCAGGAACUCCCAGGCUGUGACUGCUAGCAAGCACAAGCUCUGCAGUUAACCUGUGCAAGCUCCCCAGUUAUGCCAGUAGUUAGCAGGAACUCCCCGGCUGUGACUGCAAGCUAGCACAAGCUUCCCACAAGCUCUCAAGUUAACCUGUGCAAGCUCUCCAGUAGUUAGCAGGAACUCCCCGGCUGUGACUGCUAUCUAGCACAAGUUUCCCACAAGCUAGCAAAAACUCUCCACUGUUUACUUAUCUAGGGAGCUAUGUUUCAAAUAAGACCUACAGGACAGCUUGUGGGCAACUUACACUUUGGCUGGCGCGGGUAGCUUGUGGAUAGAAUGUGACAACCUUAAAUUUUCAUAAGGGAGGUAGUAGUGACAAUCAGGCAGCUCCUGUUAACUACUGGCAAAACUGGGAAGCUUGUGCAAGCUGGCAGAGACUUUAGGCUAGGUAGUGGGAAGCUUACAGAUAGCUUUUUUAGAUAGUUUAAAAGUUGGAUGGCUUGUGGCAAGCUUAAAUUUCUGUAAGAGCGGGGACACUCCUCUAUUUACACCUCUUGAAUUAUGCGGAGCAACACAUUCCUUUCAGUGAUUCAUGAACUAAGUAUGGACAAACUACUUAAUAAACUUAAUAAGUAGGAAUCAUUAUCUUAAGUGCGAACACUAUUCGGGUUUACUGUUUUAUUUAUUUAAAUAUUUCUGUGGUAUUUUACGCCUUUCUCAAAAAUAUUUCACAAAUACAAGGGCGGCCAGUAUUAUGGUGAAAUUCACAAUGGUGGACCCCUAAGCGACCACUUGGAUGGGGCGCUUAGGGGUCAGUCUUGUGUGCUAACUCCCUCGGCCACGGAGGUUAGAGGUUGACUAUUCACUUUUGCCACGGCUAAUUGUGAGAACUUGCAGUGUUCACAGACUGAUUAAUCGCAAUUCUGUUUUCCGCAAAUUUUAAUAAAUAAUGUCUAGUUAUUAAAAACGUACCGGCCUAUUUUUAUGCAUAGUGUGGUGUGGGAUUAUUCUAGGUGUAACCAUGAAUGUUGCAAAUUUAAUGUUAUGUAUGUGCAUGUAUCCGGCCGUAUGUGUUGAAAGCCUUUUAGCAAACUGCGGAUGGUCGUGGGUUUCCCCUGGGCUGUGCCCGGAUUAAUCCCGCCAUAAUGCUGACCGCCGUCGUAUAAGUGAAACAUUCUAGAGUACGGCGUGAACUUGUGAACAAACUGUGUAGAUCAGCUGGAGAGACAAAUGUGAGAAGCUGAAUAUCCUAUCACUUACUGUUCUACAAUGUUACACACUGCAAUACGAAGCACAAAGCCAUGCUCUGGAAGCCUACACUUGUACGUUAUAAUGGGGACGAUUUCGUAUCCCUGUUACAUACUGCUGCAUACCGGGGACAAACGUCAAAAAGGUGCACACCACACACGUGUAGAAUACGUGUACCGCCAUGCUAACUAUAAAUACAAACCGGGGACUGGACCCUUUUCACCCCCUUCUUUCAAGAGGGCAACACCACAAAGC